AUCACCUCACUGCACUCCACCCUGGGCCACCAGAGUGAGAUUCUGUCUCAAAACAAAACAAAAACCAAAAACACAGCAUGGGCGUGUGUGUUUUUCCCACCAUCUUUAAAAUGGGACCAUUACCACCAGCUUUCCUAGAGUAGAUAUGAAGAGCACAGUAGUGCAGACACACUUGUCUUCCUGGGAGGCAGGAAGUGGUCUUCCCUCAUCUCCCAUGAGCGCCCUGGGAGAAGGGCAGCGUGCGGGGGAGACUAGCUCAGAGUAGGAGUUUAUCAUGUUUGUUGUGUGACUGGCCCCUGGCCCUGCUCCCAGGUCAGCCCCAGCACUCCCUGAUCUGGGAGAUUGUCCAGGAAAGCAGGGUUCCAGUGGCUGUAGGUAACCCCCCUGGCAUCCCUGGAAGGGCCUUGGAGGAAGGGCCUGGGGGGGCGGGUAGCAGGAGGUGUGCUCUGCCGGUGCCUUCUUGGCUUCACCCCUGAACUCCUGCCCCAGAACUGAACUGUGUCCAUUUUACAGAGGAGAAAUUGAGACCCUGUGAAUGCCUGUGUAAGUCAAAGCAAGGCGGACACGCCCCGUGAUGCCUGUUUAUGGCCUCCUGCCACCCAUCGGCAUUGACAGAGCAGCUGGUAGAAGACAUAGGUUCCAGGGCCCUCGGUUUUCCACCAGGGAUGUGGGAGUACACGUUCCUCAUUUGGAAUUAGCCCCCCUGUGUUCUGGAGGAUUGUGAGCUUUCCACGUCCUAAGGCCACCCUGCUGCUCAGCCUGGAGAUGGAAGGCUACAGUGGCUCUGAAGCCUGUGCCCACCCUCCAUGUGGAGAUGGGCUCAAAGAGGGCAGUUGACUUACCUGAAGACACACAACCAGGGCUGUGGGCCACCCACAUGUAGUGUUGGGGCCAGGCCCUGUCCCCACUGCCAGGGUCUUGGGGGUCCUGUUCUCAAAGCACCUCUGUGUGCACAAGUCACCCCCUUUAAACUCUGAGAAAUUCCUCUGAAGGUUCCUGUUUCACAUUUGGGGGAACUGAGACCCAGAUUGAGGUCACACAGGGACUCACUGGCAGGUGGGGAUCGAGUCUAGGUGAGACUGGGUCCACAGCCUACCUCUAUCACUCGGGUGCCCUCUCUCCCACAGCCUCAGCCAGCAUAAAAGGGAACAUAGUCACUUGGUCGCAUAGCAGGCGAGGUCAGGGUAUAGGGGCUGUGUGGCGAAUCCCAGGAGGGAGGAUGGAAGGGCUGACCUGGGGUCCAAGGUUCUAGAUAGAAGAUUAACAAGUACGGAUUGUUCUCAGACGCCUGACUGGCCUCAUGGGCUGGGAGGAUGAGGACCCACCCGGUCAGGCCUGCCUGUCUCUGUACAUAAGGCCAGAGAGGGAGGAAGCACAGCUGCAGUAGGUGGCCGGGCAGAGGCGCAGGUGCGGCAUGUGGGCUGAGGGCCGCUCAGGCAUCCCACAGGUGUGCCCCUGAGGUACCCAUUGGCCCUCUCCACCUGCCCCUGAGCCGUGGGAGGGCCAGGCAGGGCCUCAUGUGUUUGAUUUUGUACCUUGUUUGCAUCAAAUCGGGUUUCUGUUGUUUUUCCCUCUCCUUUAAGAUUUACAUGCAAAGGGAUCUAAAGGGUGCCAGGUAAGAAAUGCCCCAGCGCUGGGCCAGCAGAUCAAGGGCAGCCACAACCAAGGGCUGGGGAACAGCAGGCAGGUAGGGUGGGGCUGGAGGCCAGGACAGAUCCAGGGAGGCAAGGCCUCUGUCUCCAGCUUUAGGGAAGAGACAUCCUCAAAGACAGCUGGGGUGUGGGGUCCCCUGCAGGGAUCAGGCACAGGAGGGCCAUCUGCGGGCAGCUGAGAGUUCAUGAGUAUUUGAAGCAGGGGAGGGGACAGGUGGGAUCUGCCUCUCAGGCACCAGGCAUGGGGAGGGGCUCAGGAGGUCAGUGAGGGGUGGCCCUGGGUCCCCUGGGAGUCCUGGAGUCUCUGUGUGAGCAGGACUUGGCUGUGUGGCGGUUAGAGCCAAGGGUGAUCCACCAGCUCCAUCCUCAUGCCUUGGUGAUUUCUUGGAACGCCCCUGGGAGUUGGGUGCAGGUAGAGACUUCGUAGGCCAUAGCUCCUGGCACUGUGCUGCCUGCCUGCCCCAUCCUGGCUGUGAGUUCGCUGUGAAUCCUAUGGAAUCCUGGCUGUGAGUUCGCUGUGAAUCCUAUGGAAUCCUGGCUGUGAGUUCGCUGUGAAUCCUAUUGAAAGGGCUACCCCAAGGGGACAGGAGUGCAGGCUCCUACCCUUGGCACUGCCAUUGUGCAGCCAGGGGCCUUGGACAGGUUUAUGGGCCUCAGUUUCCUCAUCUGGAAAAUGGAGCCAGCCCAGAGAAAGUGUUUCCUGACCUCCCAGGCUCAGGAAAGGAGUGCAGGAGACCCCACUGGGGCCUGGAGGGUUGAAGGUCCCCUGUAUACUGCAGACUUUGGGGAUCAGGGACUAAGGGCUGAAGUUUUCCUGGGUUUCAUGGACCUUGGGGAUUGAGGCCCAGGGCCCCAGUAGGGCUCAUGUCCUGGGCUGCUCAAGCCCUGACCUAGGGAGUGAUCCUGUGCACCAGAUCCUGUUCCAAGGUCUCCACAGGGCAGUCCUGCUCCUCUCAGACCCCAGGAGGGCAAGUCACCAGUUUUGCAGACGGAGAAGUUGAGACUGAGCCAGACACAUGCCUCUUAUCAGAUACAUGAUUUGCAAGUAUUUUCUCCCUAUUGACGGUACUCACCCUUCUUGUGAUGAUGUGAGAUGAUAAAAUGCCUACAUGAUGAGAUGAAGUGAGAUGAAAUACAUAGGCCUUGUGAUGGAAUGGGAAAUUCCAGAAAUAAUUUGUACCUGCGCUCAGGUGCGGCUACCCCCGCAAGCCACCUUCCAAGUCCUUCGUGGCGAUGGUGCUUCCGUGGGGACCGUGCUCAUGUUCCACUGCCCCUCCAACCACCAGAUGGUGGGGUCUGGGCUCCUCACCUGCACCUGGAAGGGGAGCAUCGCUGAGUGGUCUUCGGGGUCUCCAGUGUGCAAACUGGUGCCACCACACGAGACCUUUGGCUUCAGGGUGGCCGUGAUUGCCUCCAUCGUGAGCUGCGCCAUCAUCCUGCUUAUGUCCAUGGCCUUCCUCACCUGCUGCCUCCUCAAGUGCAUGAAGAAGAGUAAGCAGCGGCGCUCCGACAGGUCAGCCCAGCUGUGGUCCCAGCUGAGAGAUGAGGACUUGGAGACAGUGCAGGCCGCAUACCUUGGCCUCAAGCACUUCAACAAACCCGUGAGCCGGUCCAGCCAGGCGCACGACAACCACAGCUUCACCACAGACCAUGUUGAGAGCACCAGCAAGCUGGCCAGUGUGACCUGUAGUGUGGACAAGGACCCUGGGAUCCCCAGAGCUCUGAGCCUCAGUGGCUCCUCCAGCUCGCCCCAAGCCCAGGUGAUGGUGCAUAUGGCGAACCCCAGACAGCCCCUGCCUGCCUCUGGGCUGGCCACAGGAAUGCCACAAAAGCCCGCAGCAUAUGCCCUAGGGUGACCGUGCAGUGAGGCUUGCGCCCAUGCUCCACAAUGGGAGGCCAGACUCACCCCACCAGCCAGUCAGCUGCAACUCCACGUGAACUCCACACGCGUCCAGCUCGAGACUAAUGAGUGGAAUCAGCUUCCAGGUGUAGGGACCCCUUGGGGGGCUGAGCUGACUUCCAAGGCUGAGGACCCCAGCGGGAGUGUUCUGUUCCGACACAUCCUGGCUGUAACGAGUUUUAUAGUUAUGGACUACUUGAAACUACUACUGAGGGUAAUUGACCAGCUGUGGCCUCCCACUAACUAGUAUUCCUUUAAAGAGACUGGGAAAUGCUUUAAGCAAAUCUAGUUUUGUAUAAUAACAUAAGAAAAUAGCAAUAAACUUCUUUUCAGCAACUACAGA